UGGGACUCAACAUCAUGGACGAGGACGAAGAGCUCUGGGGAAUCCAGGGUCGUCGGACCAUGGAGGAUCGAUGAUUUCCGUGGUCCGCCCUGCGAUUUACACAACAAACACCUCUCGGUGUUCUGUUCAUCCUUAUGAUUCUGAAGCCGAUGAAGAAAGAUUCUUCGUCGUUCGCAAUGGGAGGAGGUACAAUAGUACCAGUGAACUAUAUCCUCUCCCGGCAGAUGAGGAGGAAUGGGAUAGGCUAGCGGACCUACACAAGAUCCACAAGAUCUGUCUAGGUGGGCUCUAUCAAGCUUCAACAGCCGUCGAUAACCUGCUGGCGGACGAGGAAGGGGAGGAGAAAUCCAUCCUGGAUUGUGGUACGUUCGAAUUCUAUGACGUCAAUCAACCGUUAGACCACUACUACGGUAAAUUUGAUGUCGUGCAUGCCAGGUCAUGCUUUCUAGGGAUCACGAAUUACCUCCACUUCGUGGAUCAAAUGGCCCAGUGUCUCAAACCAGGGGGCAUAUUACUAAUAGUGGAGAGCCCACUGCAGCUGACGGUACCGCAAUCGCUGGUAGAAAACACGAUCCAAGGCAACGGAUCGGAUAUCAGAGCCAUCGACAACCUGCGAGGGUUGAUGGAAUGGCAUCCUCAACUCGAAAUUGAGGAGUCGUUCGUCAUCAACAUCCCGGUAGGUUCAUGGGCUAUGGCAGAAACCCAAUAUCUGGGGGAAGCCAGUGAGUUCAUCGGGGGAUUGAUGCAAGAAAACGUUGUGCGGCUGGCUCAGGCGCUGAGGAUUGUCCUUCUCCAAGCGGGACAUCAUCCACAAUGGGUGGAUGAAUGGUUGAGAUCGAUUAUACAAGGUGAAUCACUCGUAACGCGUCGGUUGUAAGGAACUGACUGUCUUGGCCAAGCGAUCACUUCUCCGUCAGCAAGGCUCUUCUCAACGUGGGGUUACUUUUGUGCGACGCGAGUAAUGGAUACGGAUGUGCCUAUGGAUGCGGAGGAAGAAGAAGAGGAAGAAGAAG